UAAAAAUUGUUCGUUGGCUAUCUGUCUCUUCAUAUUAUGACAUAGGCCGAUGCCGAUUGUAGGCGUUGGCUUGGGCGAUAUGGAAGUGUUGGAAGGUAGUGAAUACAAUCUUUAUGGAAUUCCAAAAGAUACGAUAGCGCAAUGCAGUAGCCUUGCGUUUGUUAUGGGUCUUGAGCCAUCCAAUAAUCCAAAUCAUGCUAUCAUCUGGGAGGCACUCAACCUUCAGUCAAAACCUGCACUGCAAACUCUGAUUAAUUUCAAGCUGACCAACAUUAAUGACUUUUCUCUGCCACCCAUGAAAACUAAGCGCCAGUCAUAUGAAUGGUAUACACCUAAAGGGGUCCUAAAGAGCAACUGGAUGGCUAAGUAUCUUCACCACAUUCCUGCCCUCGUUGCCAUAUUCUACACUCUUGACUGGAGUGACUCAAAUUGGCUCAAUAAGAAAAAUGAGUUGGCAAACAUAGUUUCAUCUGUAAAAGCUAUUAUUGGGGAACGUCACUGCCGAGUUGCUGUGAUUUUACUCCAGAAUGCUGCUGGGUCUCCUGCAACAGAUUCUUCAUCCCCCUAUGCUCCUAAUUCAGAAACUGAAACAAAUGCAAGUCUGAGUGGAGAACGAGCAAGCAUUUUGUGUGAAUCAUGUGACCUGCCCACAAAACAUCUCUUUGUGCUACCACUGAACGAUGCUCAGCUCAUCCCAGGCUAUACUGCUAGGUUGGAAGCAGCUUUAUCAGAAAUAGCUGGAGGUUUUUACUUGAGUGAAAGCAAAACUGUUAGAAAUCAUCGUGACUUCCUCAACAAGACCAACCAUCAACUGCUGUUUGUACGUCACUGUUUCAAGACCGGCUUCCUGCUGGAGAUGAAGAAUGACCUACAGGCGGCCAUCAAAGCUUAUCAGCAAAGCUACCAGCAUCUCUCAGAGCUCCGCUUCACUGACACUAAUUUGCACGAGAUCAGGAUAUCCUCAGCCAUCAUCAAUUAUAAGGUUUGUCGAGUAAACUUCCUCCUGAACUUGCCUCGCGACGCCAUUGCUCAGUUCCGGCGUCACAUUGAUCUUUUCCGGCCCCGCAUGGGGCCCAAAUCUCUGAUUUUCGAGCACUAUGCGUGGCUUGCUUCUCAGUACGAACUUUUUGGGUGGCUCUUUGAGAGCGCCGUCCAGCAGGGACUGCCUGCCGUCCAAACGCAGCAUCCUGGAUUCUAUUACCAACAGGCAGCUCAAUUUGCUUCGCUGCGACGCACAACCGCCUUGCACCUCUGUUCGGCAGCUACUGACCAGCACAACCACAUGCUCGAUGGUAUUGAUAGCCUGGAAAUAUAUGGACAGCGCCCGUGGAGAGCUGGCAAACACAGCUUGGAACCACCUGAGCCUGAGAGAGAGGCUUGUGGUGUCGAGGCCAUUCAGUAUCAUGAACUAACUAAAGUCCAGCACCAUGAAAUGAUUAUCCCGCUGUACUCUCGAGCAAUGGCCCAGUUUCAGCGGUACCGAUGUCCUCGAAUCAAGCAGCAGCUCAUGGUGCAAAUGGCAACUGAGUAUCAGAAAGCAAAACAGUACCAAAAAGCUUUAGCCGUGGUGCAGCACGUGCUGGGUCAGUACCGCUCGGAGCGGUGGUGGGCGCUGGUGUCGUCGUGCGCGCUGCUGGCGCUGCAGUGCGCGUCCGCUGUUGCUGACGUGCCGGCAUACGUCGCCGCGGCGCUCGAGAUCGCGUCGCCCCGCGUCACGUUGGCGCCCUCCCUCAAGAUCCAGGUCUUCAGGGACGGUCUCAUGAGGGUGCUCAAGGAAUAAUUUUUUGGAACUCAUCCGCGUCCGGGACUUCACGGUCGUGCUUGAGCCGCACGCCAACUCCAAAGUGCAACCAGAACACGAAGCAGCUGCAGCUGAGAAGCAGAUGUUGCUGCGCAAGGAAAGCUACGUUGAUUUGAUCAGCAGAGAAGUUCUGAAGCUUGACUUUCCUUUCACGCUCGAGCCUCUCGUCUCACCCUAUGACGGCUUCAAGAUCGCGUCUGUGAGCUGCUGUCUCGAUGGCAGCGCAGACGGCAGCCCGUGGCGCGGCGGUGGCGCUGCCGUGCGUCUCUCGUGGCCCGGCGCUGGGGCAGCGGCUGCUGCUUCCUCCCACACGCCUCACCAUUCUGAGUUCUUAGUGUUGAAGAACCCAAGUUUUGACACCCUCUCGCCCAAGACCUUCAUCAAAGUUGAGAAGCCUGAACCUCUCAUCGAUGUCGAGGUUAAGUACGACAAGCAGGCGCUGGUGUGGGAGUGGCUCGUCGUCGACGUGUUGGUGACGUGUUGUGAGCCGCGGCCGCUCACCGACGUCCGGCUCUCGCUGAGCCUGCAGCGGCCCGUGCAAGCCGCGCUUGAGGCUACAACUCGAGUUAGCAGCUGCGGCAGCAGCAGCAGUGCAGCACCAAGUGACAGCUGCGGUGCUGCUGUGCAGAACAUUGCUCUUGCAGACGAGCUGCAGCCUGGGCAGCAGAUGCGACACAAGCUGCUAGUGCGCUCCCUUACAGCUGCUACUCGACACUUCUCCCUCGUCUUGAAGUGCUGUAAGUCAGUGGAAGUGGCUGCGGAGCAGUGGGUGCAGUGUCCUGCAGUGCACUGCACGGCCCUCACUGUCACUGCUGCAGUGCCCUUCGUCGUAGAAUUAUCGUGCGAGAGCCUGCAGUAUCCUGCCAUGCAGCAGCAGCACCUGCAACCACAAACAACAUCUGCAGCUACAACAGUGCGCCUGCAGCAGCCCUUCCUGAUCAACGCACGCGUGUCAUGCUCAUCACACGUGCCCGUCACGCUACACUCCUCCAAACUCAUGCUCAGUUCUGGUGUGGAGUCUUACGGCGAAGGCAGCAGCAGCUGCAGCGGCGUCAUCUCUGCAUGCAGCCUGUCUGCAGGCGAGGCGGCGAGUGACUGCUUCUGUCUGCAGGUGGCAGCCUGUAGCACUCCUCAGCUGCAGUUGGGCCACUUCCUCCUGCACUGGAGCAGGUGCUUUCUCUCUAUGAGCCUUCAGCAGGUGCUUUCUCUCUAUGAGCCUUCAGCAGGUGCUUUCUCUCUAUGA